GAACGAGGUGCAUCGUAUACGAAUGGCCUGUUUUCUUAAGGCCAUCAAUUUGUCGGUAUAUUUGGUGGCCUCCCGUAUAAUACUGUUCGCGUGUUUUAUCGCAUAUGUGUUAACCGGGAACCUAUUGACCGCAAAAACCGUGUUCGUCACAAUGACCUUGUUCAAUAGACUCAGGACCACUUUGACACUACUGUUCCCCAAUGCCAUCGCCCAGUGCGCUGAACUCGCGGUGUCGUGCACUCGCAUCCAGACAUUCUUGGAAUUGGGGGAAAUGGAGCCUAAAACAUAUAACACUAAAAACUUUGGCAAUUUAACUGCCCUACACAUGACAAAUGUAAAACCAAAAGUUUUUGUCAAUAAUAUAUCCGCCAAAUGGAGUGAAGAUAGUCCUUUUGCGACCAUUGAAAACAUUUCAUUUCAUUUAAAUCCUGGAGAUCUAUUAGCGGUGAUUGGACCGGUAGGGUCGGGAAAGAGUUCACUACUCAUGUCUAUACUUAAUGAGCUACCGGUGCUCGAGGGGAGCAUACAAACGGUGGGUACCAUUAGCUAUGCCUCACAAGAGCCCUGGAGUUUCAAUAAUAGCAUCAGAAAUAACAUACUGUUUGGCAGUGCAUACGAUGAGCACCGAUAUAUACAGGUAGUGCAUGUCUGUGCUCUGGAAAGGGAUCUCCAGGUAUUUCCCUUCGGAGACAAGACAUUAGUUGGAGAGAAAGGAGUCAUACUAUCGGGUGGACAGAAGGCUAGGAUCACUUUGGCCCGGUAUGGCAUUCACGGCACCGGUAGUCUAUGCCACAGUCCUAUUGAC